AUGAAAGUGAUUCUGGACUGGUGCAGAGUUAUUGUGCUGGAUUUACAGGCCGAAACUGAUGUAGCGUCAUGGUUUCCGGGCAGCAAAGCCUUAAACGAGAUACAAAUACAAUGUGGAAAAUGCCAAAAAGUUUGUAUGAUACGUCGCCCUCGCUAUGAAAAGCAUUUUGGUGACAGCCACUGGAAGACCUGCAAAACAGCAUCAUUUAAGAGUGGCAACAUUGCAGAAAUGUUUGCUGCUAUGCAGGCCCAAGCAGCAUCCGUGCAAGACACUAUCACUUCCUACGCGGAAAUGGCUAAAGGUACUGAGAACAGAGAAUCCAUGAGGCACAUGAACCCAGUUGCAGAAGAAGCCAUGUCAGUAGCAAGCUCUUCAGAUGAUUCAGCUGCUGCUGCGGCAGUGUUCCGACAUCUUGACAACUUCAUGCGUCAAAGAAUAGACGGAGAACUCGAACAACUGAGGAGUAAUGUACAUAGAAUCCUUUCUGAACAACAACAAGAAUUCGCUCAAGUUUUUGGUCUUCACGAUGAACAUUCUUCUUCGGAGGCAUCGACAUCGCAUGUUGUCCCCCAGAGUAACUAUGGUGAUGACACAAGUUCAGAUGAAUGUCAAUUUCUGGCGGAGGAUGGGUCGGAUUGUGAAGCUACGAUGAUAACACAAUACGACUACGACGAACAGCUUUGUUCAAAUUGCAAGUCAGCCCUGGGAGCCGCGACCACAAGGCAAGAAGAAGACAAAGAAGAAGAGGAGAAGAUAGUCAUGAAUUACCUGUUACGUCUAAUGACCGCUUCUUCGAAAUUAACCAAUACAUUGAAACGAAAAGAAUACCGAACUUAAGGCUAUAGGUUCA